GUGUCCCAUAUCCGUCGGUAAUCGGUCACGAGAGCCUUCUGCGAGACGCGUACUCCGAGGUCAACGUGGACCCUACGAAAGUUGUUUAUGUGGAGGCACACGGCACUGGGACCAAGGCUGGUGGCAUUCAGGAGUUGGAGGCAAUCAGCAACGUGAUUUGCUCACCCGGACGCGAGAAAUCACUUUUGAUCGGGUCGGUCAAAAGCAACAUGGGGCACUCCGAGAGCGCCUCUGGAAUCCCGGCCGUGGCAAAAGUGAUACUCGCCAUGGAAACGGGCACAAUAGCUGCCAAUAUAAACUUUGAUGAGCCUGAUCCAGCCAUGCGAUCUUUGCACGAUGGCCGCAUUAAAGUGGUUGACAAGCCCACGCCAUUUCACGGUGGCAUGAUAGGCAUCAGCUCUCAGGGCAUUGGUGGUGCAAACGCGCACGCCAUCUUGGAUUCCAACCUCGGCCCUCACGCUGAGAGUCUUCCACGUCAGAAGCCAUAUCUGCCGAGGCUUGUUCUUAUGUCUGGAAGAAGCAAGGAGGCUUUAAUGCAAACACUGAACCGAAUAGAGGCCGAGGGCCCGUACCCGGACUCCGGUUACGCCUUGCUCAACCGGAUUGGUCAGCGAAGCAUCAAGCAGUUUCCGUACCGAGGAUUUGCCAUCGUGCCAGUGGACAACAUGAAAAAGGAGGUGGUGAAGGUAGUAGAGCGGGCUCGGCCAGAAAAACGACCCAUCUGGUUCGUCUUCACUGGCGUCGGCUGCCAGUGGAGUGGUAUGGGAUGCCAUAUGAUGCAGUUCGAACCUUUCGCUGAGUCCAUCCGCAAGUCACACACCAUCCUGAAGGAGAAAGUCGGAGAAGACCUAAUGGAUAUGCUGAUCUCUAACGAGCCCCAGUCCAAGACAAUUAAGGGACAUUUUGCCUCGAUUUCUGCUGUUCAGGUAGCGCUCGUGGAUACGCUUCAAGCUCUGAGAAUCCAACCGGACGGCAUGUUGGGUCAUUCGGCUGGCGAGGUUGGCUGCGCCUAUGCGGACGGGUGCUUCACCGCGGAGCAAGCCUUGCUUGCCGCUUAUUGGCGAGGUCGCUGCUUAGAGAUGGAAUAUACGUUCGACGGUGCCAUGGCGGCUGUAGGUCUCACGUGGGAAGAGGCAGAACGGCGAUGUCCUCCCGACGUGUACCCUGCGUGCCACAACGCUGAAGAUUCUGUGACAGUUUCCGGCACUGCCGAAGCGGUAGAAAAAAUGGUCGAGCAGCUACAAGCCGAGAACGUAUUCGCCCGCAAGGUGGACAGCAUGGGAGUUGCUUUUCACACAAAGUACGUCCACCACAUCGGCCCUCUCUUCCGUAGCGCCCUUGAAAAGAUUAUACCUCAACCAAAGCCACGCAGCAAGCGCUGGAUCAGCACGUCGGCGCCUGAGAGCCGUUGGAAAGAACCUGGUGCACUGCAAUGCUCCGCCGAGUACCACACGAACAACUUCGUAAACCCAGUGCUGUUCUGCGAGGCUCUGAAACAUGUGCCCAAGGACGCUAUCUUGCUGGAGAUAGGACCACAUUGCCUCCUGCAAGUGAACGUGUGCCCGGGCAACGAAGUCCGACGCUAUACAAGCAAUGCACGCUCCACAUCGAUAGCCGUCAACGAAGCAUCGGCCGUCAAUGAUCUGAACUGUGGUGAGGCGAUCCUGCGAAGAACUGUAGGCCCCGAUGCCAGCUGCGCGGGCCUCAUGAAGCGCCAUGUGGACAAUGUGGAAUAUUUUCUGCACUCAUUGGGGAAACUUCACACUCUGGGACUGGAGAUGGACUUGUCAGUGCUGUACCCUCCAGUUCCAUGGCCCUUGCCCCGCGGUACUCCAAACAUUGGUCACUUGGUUGGCUGGGACCAUUCUCAGAGCUGGGAUGUUGCACACUGGAAAGAUUUUCCUUCGCCUGAACAGGCCAAGGAGGAUGUCUUGAAAGUCGACCUAGAAGCCCACAGCAAGGACAAGUACCUCGCUGGUCAUCAGCUAGAUGGCCGUGUCCUGUUUCCUGGCACUGGCUAUGUAUUAUUUGCUUGGCAGUUCAUUGCCAGUCAGUAUGGAAGGCAUAUCAACGAGACUCCUGUAAUUGUUGAGGACAUCAAAAUUCAACGUUUCACAAUCCUGCCUCCAUCGGGUUGCAUCCAUUUCCAGAUCACCAUGAUGCCCGUGACUGGCGAGUUUGAAGUAUGCGAAGGCCGAGCAGUGGUCUGCAAAGGCCGUAUCCGCGUAGCCGAAGAAGGUGAGGUGGUGCUGCAGAAGAAGCCUCCUGGAAAGCCUGCGGAAAGCAUCGUCUUUGAUAUGGACUGCGCGGAGAUAUACAAGGAGCUGAGGCUUCGCGGAUACCAGUACUAUGAACUAUUUCAAGGUGCCCUCAAGGCUGUCUCACAGAAACCAUACGCGAAGCUGAAGUGGCAGGACAACUGGGUGACCUUCAUGGACUCGUUGGUGCACAUGACCUUCAUAUGGAAGAGGAAAAGAGAAUUCGUGCUGCCACUCGCAAUUCAGUCGAUCCGCAUCGACCCUAAAGUUCACGCAAGAAUCACACAAAUGGUCGGAGACGAAGGAGUGGACCUUGUGUACAACUCUCACUAUAACUUGCGCCAGGCUGGUGGCGUUGAAAUUCAAGGAGUCAAAGUCAACACCGUCCAACGGCGUCCAGUGCUCCUGACGCCAAUCGUCGAAGAGUACCGCUUUGUCCCCUACAUAGAUGAUGAGAUUACCCGUUGCCAACGUGAGAACCUCUUACGAGAGUAUGUCGAAGUAUGCAACUGCAUCUGCCGACGCGCCCUGAAGAUGACCGAAGAAGACAAUAGCCACUCGCAGAUAUCUCCAAACAGCUGUGUUGAAGUACCUGAGAAGGUCCUCAACCAAUAUAUACACAACGUCGAACCCACUCAAACCCUUCUGCAGCUGCUCAUAAGCAUUGAGAAACAAGAAAAUGAUGCUGCAACAGUGCCUGCCGCAAUAAAAUCUGCCCUUCUUGCCUCGGCAAGCAUUUUCGAAGAAGACGUCCUGAGCACCAGCCUCUUCGAAGAGGACCCUCUAAGAGAUAUCCUCGAUGUAGUGCUCGAAAACACAUGCUCCGUUAAGGUCCGUGUCUGGAGCUCACAGUCGACAGCACCCUCGCAGCCAUUGGUCCUCGUAUGUCCACUCUCCUGUCCAUGUACAGCGUCUGCGUAUUUGACUGCCACCUUGAAUAGCUUCAACCACGUAGCCGACUUCAGCGCCGCCCACCCAGCCUAUAAGGACAUACUGGAAAAAGACCUGGUAAUGAACGUCUACUGCGACGGUCAAUGGGGAUCCUACAGGCACCGCAACGUGCAUUGGAGCGGAGAGGCAAAGACCACAACGCAGUUCGCAUACCUCAACGCACAGACUCGCGGGGACCUUUCGAGUUUGCAGUGGUACGAGUCUCCGUUGAGCUAUCUCUCACCUAGCGAUAAAGUUGGCUCUGAGGAAGCGUACGUGGACGUCUAUUAUGCUGCCGUCAACUUCCGUGACGUCAUGCUGGCCAGCGGUAAAGUAAACUUGGACUCGUCACGCGGUGACAACGUCAUUGGAGAAGCCUUUCUUGGUAUGGAGUAUUCAGGCCGUGACUGGAACGGAAAGCGUGUCAUGGGAAUCGUCAAGGGCCAGUCGAUAGCGAGUGUACUCACUGUUGAGCCGGCGCUUACGUGGGACAUUCCCGAAUCCUGGAGCAUGGAAGAGGCUGCCACUGUGCCCAUGGCAUAUUCGACCGCCUACUAUGCACUGAUUCUACGGGCUGGUAUGCAACCGGGUGAAUCGGUGCUCAUUCACAGUGGCAGUGGAGCCGUCGGACAGGCUGCCAUCUCUAUUGCCCUUUCGAUGGGCUGUGAAAUCUUCACCACAGUAGGAACCAAUGACAAGAGAGAGUUUCUCAAGCGGCGGUUUCCAGCGUUAAAAGACAGAAACAUUGCUAGUUCUCGUGACCUGUCCUUCGAAGAAAACGUCAUGAAUGAAACUGAAGGCCACGGGGUGCACCUGGUGCUAAACUCCUUGUCCAACGAGAAGUUGCAAGCCAGCGUACGCUGCUUGGCCACACAUGGUCGCUUCGUAGAGAUCGGCAAGUUCGACCUGUUUGAGAACAUGAAUCUGGGCAUGUCAGAAUUUCUGCAGAACGUGAACUUCCACGGAAUCAUGUUGGACAGCCUGUGGAAAGAUGACCCCAUUGCAUUAGCGCACAAGCGCAGCCUCAAUGCGCUUGUCGCCGAAGGAAUUAGGUCUGGUGUGGUUCAGCCUCUCAAUGCCUUCAAGUUCACCCGAGGAGAGACCGAAGAAGCGUUUCGUUUUAUAGCCUCUGGAAAGCACAUAGGCAAGGUCGUGGUCCAGAUGCGACCGGAGGAGGACGAGCGAGUGGCACGUGCCCCUCCGCUGACACUUGAAGCAGUGGCGCGUCCCCACUUCUACCGGCACAAGUCAUACGUAAUCGUCGGUGGCCUGGGCGGCUUCGGUCUUGAGCUUGCCCAAUGGAUGGUGACACGUGGAUGCCGCAAGCUUCUCCUGAUCUCCAGGAGUGGUAUCCGUACGGGGUACCAGAGGCUUGCGCUAAAGCGCUGGACCGACCUGGGCGCCACAGUGCUCGUCAGCACUGAUGACGUAUCGACAAAAGAGGGCGCAAGCAAGAUUAUUGAGGAAGCAUCAAGCUUGGGUCCCGUAGGCGGGAUUUUCAACUUGGCUGUGGUUCUGCGUGAUGCCUUGAUGGAGAACCAGACAGCAGAGAUGUACGCGGAGGUGUGUAAGCCGAAAGUGCUGGCCACUCAGAGCCUCGACGAGGUGUCGCGGCAGGAGUGUCCCGAGCUCGACCACUUCGUUGUCUUCUCCUCUUUCUCUUCUGGCCGUGGUCAAGUCGGUCAGACAAACUACGGCUUUGCCAACUCUGUCGCGGAGCGCCUGUGUGAGCGAAGGGUCGCCGACGGGCUUUCCGGCUUGGCCAUCCAGUGGGGCCCUAUUGGAGAAGUUGGCGCGUUCCACGAAAGUAUGCACACGGAAACGCAAUUUUUCGGACUUAUGCCACAGCCGAUAAAUUCCUGUUUGGCUGUUAUGGACUACUUCCUCAGUCAAAAACAGCCCAUCGUCUCCUGCUUCGUGAAGAGUACGAAGUCAUCAACACAAGACAGCGGCGAGAAGCGAAAUCUUGUUGAGAGCGUGGCUCGCAUUCUUGGCGUCAAAGAUCCGUCCAAACUGAACUCGUCCAUCAGCCUCGGUGAGUUGGGCAUUGACUCCUUGAUGGGCAUCGAGGUGAAGCAACUGCUGGAGCGAGAAUACGACUUGACUCUGUCCAUGCAAGAAACUCGGCAGCUCACCGUCAGUCAGAUAAAAGAGAUCGGUGAAGCAAGCCAGCGUCAACCGCCAGCGCUUGAAGCGUCAGCUCUGGUUGAAGUAGAAGAACUGGAUGAAACUGUUUCAAGUCCAGAAGACAAAUGGGUUAUAUAGUAUAACCCCCCAACCAGGUGCGAGCCCCACCACGAAACCAUCAGGAACCGACUGGU